UAUUGUACUACUUUACUCUGCUUCUUCUUGGACUGGUUUACUGUUUCUUGAUGUUUAUCUCAGCACCUUCAUCAUCAAUCUCCAUCGGUCCUUCGCAUUGUUUCACAUGUCAUGCUGAUGGAGUUGGUUGCUCAGCAUCAUUUGGAGCUACAAGCAGUUGGAUCAAACCAUCACAUGAGGUUCAGAGAUUCUCUGAUCAUUCAGGUAUAAGUUUCAGGACUGAGAAUCCUUUCUUCGGAGCUGCACAAUUGCAUUGGCUGCCUGUAGGACAUGAGAUUAGCCUUUCAAGACUUUCAGUUGCAGCAGAUUACCCAGAUUCUGUUCCUGAUUCCUCUAACUAUGUUGGCAAUAGUGGCUAUCACCCUCUUGAAGGAAUACGGGACCAUAGAAGAGUUCGUGAUACUGAACUCACAGCUGCUGAAACAGCAAGGACAACUGUUGAGGCUAAUAGCAAUGCUUUGUUGAUAUUUCCUGGCAUGGUUCAUUGUGAACCUCACGAACAAGUGUCAUGGGCAGAAUUUCAGUACGUGAUUGAUGAAUUUGGAGACAUAUUUUUUGAAAUUUAUGAUGACAAGAAUAUCUUGCGAGAUCGUGAUGCAAGUAAUCCCGUGAAUGCAUUGAUUGGAAUGGAUUUCUCCCAAUACGAGAAGAGGAGUACAGAAUCACCUGACGACAUCAAUUUAGUAGGUGAUUCUAUUGAUGAUACUUAUAUCUUCGACAAUUACUUAGAGUUUGAAGAUUCUGAGAUGUCCGACUAUCAGGUUGAUUGGGGAAUGCCUGAUAGUUCAAGCACGUUGCACCCAGUUUAUUUUGCGAAGUGCUUGACUAAGGCUGUUCACAUGAAGCAUGCUAAGAUGAUGGAUCAUCCAUCAAAUGGCAUUUCAAUUUGGGGACGCCUCAAGCCUGCCUUUCUGGAAGAAGAAUAUUACGUGCGAAGGCUCUUCAGUGAUGAUGAAGUUAGUGAUGGCUACACCUCGGAUUGGAAAGACGGAGAAACUUUGAGCUUUAGUUCUAGCUAUGACAAGAGCUGCAAUUUGUCGACUAUUUACAGAUUGGAAAUCAUCAGAAUCGAUCUAUUUUCUGUUUAUGGUUCUCAGUUAGCAGUAAGUUUGCAUGACUUCCAGGAUGCUGAACCCGACAGUCUUGUACAUUCAGCUCCAACAAUUGUAGAGUGGUUUAGGGAGCAAGGAACGAGGUGCAAAUAUGCACUUAAAGCUCUAUGCAGAAAGAAAGGACUCCAUGUUGAGAGAGCAAAUUUGAUUGGAGUUGACAGUCUUGGCAUGGAUGUCAGAGUUCUCUCGGGAACGGAAGUAUGGACUCAUCGAUUCCCCUUCAAAGUUAGGGUAAGCAAUAGAAAAUGCUAAUGUGAAGUGUGUUACUUGGAAUACACGGCCCAUGACACAUGAUAGAGCACUUUUUCUAGACAUAUAGCGUGUUUGGGCAACAACAUACCCAGUGUAAUCCCACACGUGGGGGCUGGGGAAAGUAGGAUGUACGGACAUCUUACCCCUACCUUUGUGGGAUAGAAAGGCUGUUUCCGAAAUCUGCUUAAUUUGUAAAGUGUUUUCUUAUCAUAAGUGCUUCUCGAAAAAGUACUUUUGGAGAGUAGAAAUUCGUGUUUGACUAAUCACUUUGAGAAGUACUACUGUCAAUAUUAGAGUAUUAAUUGUGCUUGGCUAACGUUCCAUAAGUGCUUCCGGGGAAAAGCUAUAUUUUUAUUUUCUGCUACUACCCAAAAGCACUUAUAUUUUUCUUAAAAGUUUGGCCAAACACAUCAACUUUCUAAAAUAACAUUUUCAAAAAAAGAAAAAAAAAAGCACCUUUUGCUUCCCUAAAGCUUGGCCAAACAGGCUAAUAAUCCGGGUCAUGGUGUUGGCUAACUUGACAAGGCUAACGUCUACCUAAAUAUUAUUUUUCUGUUAUAUCAAUCUUUCUAUAUAAGCAAAGUUUAUGCAAAGCUUAAAACUAACCUACUACCAUCCAAUUUGUCUGUGGGACAAUUGUUGUAGUAAACCUCCUUACUGAUUACUCGGGUAGGAGAGAGCAAAAAGAUGGUGUCUCUACUAUUCUCAUGAGCUUAAAAUUACUAUGGAUUGCUCAAUGACAAUG